AUACAUUAAGCUAAGAAGCUGUUCAUUGAGACAGAUUUCAGUAGUAUUUCAGAAGAAUUUGAUUGUAACUGGAUACAUAUUCACUCACAUGUGCUUGAUUAUCAGACAGGAAGGGAAGUAUUAGAGAUUCUAAUUAAUGUCUCCAAAGUGAAGAGGAGAAAAAAAAGAGGACCUGUGAUAAUUGCCUAUGAUAAUUCAUUUCUUGAGGAAACCAUAUUAUUGAGUGGAAACUUCAAAGUAUUGAAUCUUGGAGGAAUGGCUUUCAUUCAUUUGGAUGUCGGAUUCCUCUAUACCCUGCUUGUUUGCACAGCAUUUGGCUCUAUGCUUUCAAAUGCUGAGAUAAAAGUUAAUCCUCCUCAGGAUUUUGAGAUAGUGGACCCUGGAUAUUUAGGUUAUCUCUCUUUGCAAUGGCAACCUCCACUGUUUCUGGAUAAUUUUAAGGAAUGCACAAUAGAAUAUGAAUUAAAAUACCGAAACAUUGAUAGUGAAAACUGGAAGACCAUCAUUACCAAGAAUCUACAUUACAAAGAUGGGUUUGAUCUUAACAAAGGUAUUGAAGCAAAGAUAAACACGCUUCUGCCAGCACAAUGCACAAAUGGAUCAGAAGUUAGAAGUUCAUGGGCAGAAACUACUUAUUGGACAUCACCACAAGGAAAUCGGGAAACUAAAAUUCAAGAUAUGGACUGUGUAUAUUACAACUGGCAAUAUUUAGUCUGCUCUUGGAAACCUGGCAUGGGUGUCCAUUUUGAUACCAAUUACCAGUUGUUUUACUGGUAUGAGGGCUUGGACCAUUCAGCAGAGUGUACUGAUUACAUCAAGGUUAAUGGAAAAAAUAUGGGAUGCAGGUUUCCCUAUUUGGAGUCAUCAGACUAUAAAGAUUUCUAUAUCUGUGUUAAUGGGUCAUCAGAAUCCCAGCCUAUCAGACCCAGCUAUUUUAUUUUUCAGCUUCAAAAUAUAGUUAAACCUUUGCCACCAGACUACCUUAGUCUUACUGUGAAGAAUUCAGAGGAAAUUAACCUGAAAUGGAACAUGCCUAAAGGACCCAUUCCAGCCAAAUGCUUAAUUUAUGAAAUUGAAUUCACAGAAGAUGAUACUACUUGGGUGACUACCACAGUUGAGAAUGAGAUACAAAUCACAAGAACAUCAAAUGAAAGCCAAAAAUUAUGCUUUAUGGUAAGAAGUAAAGUGAAUAUUUAUUGCUCAGAUGAUGGAAUCUGGAGUGAGUGGAGUGAUGAACAAUGCUGGAAAGGUGACAUAUGGAAGGAAACCUUAGUAUUUUUCUUGAUACCAUUUGCUUUUGUCUCAAUAUUUGUUUUGGUAAUAACUUGCCUGCUUUUGUAUAAGCAAAGGGCUUUACUGAAAACGAUCUUUCAUACAAAAAAAGAAGUCUUUUCUCAUCAAGACACAUUCUGUUGACUCAGUAACGUUCAGUCUUAUGGCCAGAUGUUAAAUAUGAGUCUUAUUAAACCGAAGCUUUUCCUCAAAUAUUGAAUAAAUCUUAUUUUAAAAGCAUUGUUGUAUUUAAAUAGGCUUUAGAAUACUCAGACCCUCAACUAGUAGUACAUUUUCUGGAUCCUAUUAAUAGGAUUUUUUCUUCAUAAACACAUGGUCAGAGUGCUACACGAAGAGACGUCAAGGGUUGGGUUUGGUUCUAUUCACUGAUGUAUUAAUAGAACAAUGUGAUUUUAUAACUUGCACUAAGCCAGAAAUAUUGUUGAAUCUUAGAAGAUGAGAUUCUAAUUUUUUUUUAAACUGUACUUGGGAUGAAUGUAUUCACCAUAAGUAAAGUUGUUUGGCUUUAUUUUUAUUUUUAUUAAAGAUUUUAUUUAU